AUGGCUUCUGUCACUUUCUUCGUGCGGUUCGUGGCUAUUGUGUUGUUGGUUGUAUCCAUUGUCUAUUGUGACGUGGUUGGACAUGGCAAGCAUGAGCUGGUCAACGGGAAGAUUGUAAAGCUGCGGGGAAACACAAAGAUAGCUGAGAAACCUGCUGAUCUUGAACUCUACAAAAGUCAACCUGGUUCUUGUGAUGUUGAAAUGGACAGGGACGGAAAUAUAACACUCUGGUACCGCAAAAAUUCCAUCACAGCAAAGGAAGGAUGCUCGAUUGAUUUUGCCACCAUGCAUUUCAGAGAAAAUGAAAUGUUCUUGAUCGAGUUUGGCAUCCAACACGAUAACGGAUUGACCAAUUGCUUGGCGGAUCUGGCAUCUACUAAAUUAAUAACCUUCAAUGAUUCGGCUAUGACUUCUAAUUCGUUGGCCAUCGCUUUCGGUCUGAAAAAUGGUGAAUUUGGAGGAAUCAAAAGAGGAUAUCCGGAAAGACACAAAAAUUAUUGUGGGGAUUUGUCGAAAUGUAAGGAUCGCGGAGGCAGAUGCUUGGAUGUCGCUGAUUAUACUGUUGGAUGGGCUCGAGAUGGCAAUUAUGUCCAAAGUACACAUCAUCCAGGUUGCGGUGAUUCCACGCCAACCUACUUUUGCUUCAAACAUGAAAAUGUUCGCAACCCAAAAAAAUGGAGAAUUACGGAUAAGGACCAUACCGAACCAAUCUACAAUCAUCUCUUCACCUUCCACAUUCUUCCAACAACUUCUAUGCAAAUGAGCAUGCAGAAUAUUUGGAUUAAAUGUGAUAAGGAUGCGAAUAAGGAGAAUUGUAACCAAAAUGCGGCAUUUCAAAAGUGCGACAAAAUGUUUGUGAAAUUUUACUCUUUUGCCUAUAAAAUGCUCGUUCCUGAUAAUUCUGUCAAACAAACGACUACAGAAGAAACGACAACGAUGGCUACCUGUCCGCCUGUUGCUGAAUGUCCGCCUUGUGGUACUGACUGUCCGACGGUUGGCUUUCCGAAUGUUGUUACUAAUCCCAUACAACCUGGAAAUUCAACCGAAAAAGUCGAAAUAAAGUCUCAAAAUGGAAGUAGUUUGCCUUCACCUACAGUUGAUUGCUACAACGAGGGGACUAAGAAAGAUUCAAAGAAAACUUUGCAAAUUACUCUCGUUAUUGUUGGCUCUAUAAUAUUGCUUCUAAUGUUCACCGCUCUUCUCAUCUGUCUAUUCGUCAGCAAAAGCAAAUAA